GCCUACCACCCUCAGUAGACUGCGCGUCGAAAGAUUGGAGCGACAGAAGCCGAGACUGAGAGAGAGAGAGCAGCUUAAUCGAGAGCGAAGGAGUAAGCAGAAUCUAGGGAUGGUGACUCCCCUGCCCAGCUAUUUGUCGUGUUGCGCUUGUUCGGUGUAACACCUGUACACGAUGCAGUCCGCCGACAUGGCUCAGACUAGCCCCAAGGAGUCGUCUGUCACCUCGGCCGCGGCCACUGCUGCUGCUGCCGCCAGUGCCAAGCCCAAGAUCUUGGAGAAGAAGAAGGCAUUGCCGCAAAAGCAGAUCUCCUAUCCCUUCUGGUUCGGUGGCACCGCGAGCAGCCUUGCCGCCUGCGUCACCCACCCGCUCGAUCUUGUCAAAGUUCGGCUCCAAUUGCGCUCCGGCGAUGCGCCGAGGAACAUGAGCGGCACCUUCAUCCACAUCGUGCGGAAGCAAGGCCCGCUCGGACUGUACAACGGGCUGACCGCGUCGCUGCUGCGGCAGAUGACGUACUCGACCGUGCGAUUCGGCGUGUACGAGGAUCUCAAGAGCCGGUUCACGCACGAGGGCACGGUCAAGCCGUCGCUGCCGCUGCUCAUCGGCCUGUCGACCUUCUCCGGCUUCCUCGGCGGGAUCUCGGGCAACGCCGCCGACGUGACCAACGUGCGCAUGCAGCAGGACACGGCGCUGCCGGCCGCCCGCCGGCGCCACUACAAGCACGGCCUCGACGGCAUGUUCCGCAUGCUGCGCGAGGAGGGCCCCCGCAGCUGGUUCCGCGGCGUCUGGCCCAACAGCACCCGCGCUGCCCUCAUGAACGCCAGCCAGCUCGCCAGCUACGACAGCUUCAAGGCCUGGCUCAUGACCUACACCCCGCUCGGCGACACCACCACCACCCACUUCGCCAGCUCCCUCCUCGCCGGCUUCGUCGCCACCACCAUCUGCUCCCCCGUCGACGUCAUCAAGAGCCGUGUCAUGAGCGCGCACGACGAGCAGGGUAUCCUCCACCUGCUGCGCACCAUCUACGCCAAGGAGGGCGCCGCCUGGAUGUUCAAAGGAUGGGUGCCAGCCUUCCUGCGGUUGGGACCGCAAACGAUCUGCACGUUUUUGUUCCUAGAAGCGCACCGCAAGGCUUACCGGCAAUUCAAGGGGAUCGAGAGCUGAAAUUCUCGGCUCGUCCACCCACAUAACGCACAUACGCAC